AUGGACAUAACUACCGUCCUUUUUCAUCUUGCAUUGCUGCUAAGUCUUCCUACUGUUUCGAUAGCCCUCAUCAAACGUAGCAUCCAAACAGAUCAAUCAGCAUUGUUUGCCUUAAAAUCCCAACUGUUCGAUUCUUCGAAUUUACUGAGGAAAAAUUGGACUGCAAAUGUCUCAGUGUGCAACUGGUUUGGAGUGACAUGCUCCUCUCGCCACCAUAGAGUUGUCUCCUUGAAUCUCUCUUAUUUAGGCCUUCAAGGUAGCAUCCCACCAGAGAUAGGAAACCUCUCUUUUCUCAGUUCCAUUGACCUCAGUGGCAACAAUUUCCAUGGAAAUUUGCCCAUGGAAGAAGGAAUGGUACAUUUACGCAGGCUCAGAUAUAUUAGUCUUGCCAACAACAAUUUUGGUGGAGAGGUUCCUCCGUGGUUUGGCUCUCUGCCUAAUCUUCGAGUCCUGGAUUUAUCAAGUAACAGCUUCGUAGGUGGCAUUCCGAUUUCCCUAUUUAAUGCAUCAAAGUUGGAGUCCAUAAGCAUCAUGUUCAACCAAGUUCAAGGAAAUAUUCCCCGAGAAAUUGGAAAUCUUGGCAACUUGAAGAUCUUAAGAAUGGCAAAUAACCAGCUUACAGGGUUUAUACCACUGACACUUUUCAACAUCUCGUCCUUGCAAAUAGUUAAUUUGACAAAUAACACGCUAACUGGCGACCUUCCAGUGAACCUUUGCUCUGAGCUUUCAAAUCUUCAAGAGUUUUACCUAUCAUCUAACAAAUUAUCAGGUCAAAUUUUGUCACGGUUCGACAAUUGCUUGGAACUUCGAGAACUGUCAUUGAGCAGCAAUGUUUUAAGCGGAACGUUACCAAGAGAAAUUGGGAACUUAACCAUGCUUAAGGUUUUGAGUUUGGGACAGAACACCUUCGCGGGUGGAAUUCCAGCGGAGACUGGUACGCUUCAGAAUUUGGAGCUGUUAGUUAUUGACGGAUGUGACCUUACUGGUCCAAUACCGGAAGAAAUUGGCAAUCUUCAGAAAUUGAAUAUAUUAGACUUGAAUAGUAAUGCCUUACAAGGACAAAUUCCAGUAACCAUGUUCAACAUCUCAGCCAUGACAUACAUUAGAUUGACUCUGAAUAACCUUUCAGGAAGUCUUCCACCUAGUAUCGGCCAUAUUCUACCUAAUCUAGAAACACUAAAUCUUGCACAUAAUCAUUUAACUGGAGUAAUUCCUGAUUCCAUCUCAAAUAUGACUAAGCUAUUUAUUUUGGAACUCAGCCUCAACCAUUUCACUGGUUCAAUUCCUAGAUCACUCGGCAGCUUGAAUGUCCUUGAAACUCUUAAUGUUGGAUCCAACCAUUUAACCACAGGGUACCCACAAGAGAUGAGCAUUAUCUCAUCUUUGGUGAAUUGUGAAAGUUUAAGAGUUAUGAUAUUGUCACAUAAUCCUAUAAAAGGUAUUCUUCCCCACACCAUAGCCAAUUUUUCCAAUUCUCUUGAAAAGUUCAUAACUAGUACUUGUGAACUAGAGGGUAGCAUUCCACCUGAAAUUGGUAAUCUAAGUGGGCUGGUGGAACUGGAUCUUAGCAGCAAUUACCUCACCGGGCAAUUUCCAUUGGAGUUUAACUUUGUUAAACUUGAGUGA